AUGGAAUUGCUGAUAUUAUGCCUUUCCCUGUGGAUAUUGCAGUGCCACACCGUGAGCGCAGACUCCAUUAUCCACAUCGGCGCUAUAUUCGAGGAGAACGCGGAGAGGGACGACGAGGUGUUCCAGCUGGCCGUCUCGGACCUCAGCCUGAACGACGACAUCCUGCAGAGUGAGAAAAUCACCCACUCCAUUAAACUGAUCGAGCCCAACAACCCCUUCCAGGCUGUGCAGGAAGCCUGUGAGCUGAUGAACCAGGGCAUCUUGGCGUUGGUGACCUCGACAGGUUGUGCCUCGGCCAGCGCCCUCCAGUCGCUGACGGACGCCAUGCACAUCCCCCACCUGUAUGUUCAACGGAACAGCGAGGGGUCGCCGCGGACCGCCUGCCAGCUCAACCCCAGCCCCAGCGGGCAGCGCUACACGCUGGCUGCCCGGCCACCGGUUCGUCUCAACAACGUCAUGCUGACGCUGGUGGAAGAGCUGCGCUGGCAGAAGUUCAUUGUGUUCUAUGACACCGAAUACGAUAUCCGCGGCCUCCAGGGGUUCCUGGACCAAACCUCUCGGCAGGGCGUGGACGUGGCCCUGCAGAGAGUCGACAGGAACAUCAGCAAGGUGUUCACCAACCUCUUCACCACCAUGAGGACCGAGGAGCUGAACCGGUACCGGGACACCCUGCGGCGGGCCAUUCUGCUGCUCAGCCCCCACGGAGCACACACCUUCAUCCAGCAGGCGGUGGAGACGAACCUGGCCUCCAAAGACAGUCAUUGGGUGUUUGUCAAUGAGGUAAGUAGUGUUUUCAUACUCUCACUCGUGGGUUCUGCUCACAACAGAAUGUCUGCACUGAAACAAAUAUGGCCAACUAUGACCCCCAGAGCCUCCUACCCCCUGCCCAGCAGAGCCUCCUCUCCCCUGCCCAGCAGAGCCUCCUCUCCCCCUGCCCAGCAGAGCCUCCUCUCCCCCUGCCCAGCAGAGCCUCCUCUCUCCCUGCCAGCAGAGCCUCCUCUCUCCCUGCCCAGCAGAGCCUCCUCUCCCCCUGCCCAGCAUACCAAAUCUAUGAGGGAUCUAGAGGUUGAAAUAGUGGAGCUGCAGAAUUUUGCAGGGUCCAAAGGAAACCGAGAUUGUGUUGACGACCUCAAGUCUAAGUCCGGGCCUGGCUUUCCCGACAGUGAGUACACCGAGAAUGAAGGGACAUUUGAUUCCCUCUGCAGUGGGCUGCCCAGAAUCUCAGAGGAGACCAACAAGGACUUGGAGGGCCCUCUGACUACAGAGGAGCUGUCUACAUUGCUGCUGAGCAUGCAGGGGGAGAAGGCCUCUGGGACUGAGGGACUCCUGCCGGAGUUCUGCAAGCUUUUUGGACCAAACUGUCUGGCCACAUGGGAUUCUGUCCAUGGCCUGAACGGCAGUCUGAAGGAGAGCCGCAUCGAGAACGGCAUGCAGGGCGUGACAGUCAAAGUGGUGACUCUACUGGAGGAUCCCUUCGUCAUGGUAGCAGAGAACAUCCUCGGCCAGCCCAAGAGAUAUAAGGGCUUCUCGAUCGAUGUGCUCGAUGCCCUGGCCAAGAUCCUGGGCUUCAAGUACGAGAUCUAUCAGGUGGCAGACAGCAAAUAUGGAUCUCAGCUCCCCAAUGGCUCAUGGAAUGGCAUGAUUGGAGAGCUCAUCAAUAAGAAAGCAGACCUGGCAGUGUCGGCCAUCACCAUCACACCGGAGAGGGAGAACAUCGUUGACUUCAGCAAGCGAUACCUCGACUACAGUGUCGGCAUCCUGCUCCGCAAACCGGAGGAAAAGAUCAACAUCUUCUCCCUCUUCGCGCCCUUUGACCUCGCUGUCUGGGCCUGCAUCGCUGCUGCAAUUCCCGUGGUGGGGGUGCUCAUCUUUCUGCUCAACAGGCUACAGGUGCUGCGCUCCUCGGCUCCCCAGAAUGCACCAUCAGGCCAGACGACCAACGGUGUCGGGUCAGGCUCCCUCCAUAGUGCCAUCUGGAUCGUGUAUGGAGCAUUUGUCCAGCAAGGAGGCGAUGGCGUGGCUGGCUCUGUGGCUCUGCGAAUUGUAAUGGGCAGCUGGUGGCUUUUCACGCUCAUAGUGUGUUCUUCCUACACCGCUAACCUGGCAGCUUACCUCACCGUGUCACGCAUGGACCACGCUAUACGCUCAUUCCAGGACCUGUCCCGGCAGAUCGAGGUAGACUACGGCACGGUGAGGGACUCUGCCGUCUACGACUACUUCAGAAACAAAGGCACCAACCCCCUGGAGCAAGACAGCACGUACGCCGAACUCUGGAGGACCAUCAGCAAAAACGAUGGCCAAGACUACUCUGUCUCAAGCCCCUCUGAGGGCAUACGCAAGGCGAAGAAGAGCCCCUAUGCGUUCCUGUGGGACAUGGCGGUGUUGGAGUACGCGGCUUUGACGGACGACGACUGCACCGUCACCGUGACGGGGAACCGCAUGAGCAGCAAAGGCUACGGGAUCGCCAUGCAGCACGGCAGCCCCUACCGAGACCUCUUCUCUCAGAAAAUUUUGGAGCUGCAGGAGAAAGGGGACCUGGAUAUCCUGAAGCAGAAGUGGUGGCCUCGCACCGGCCGCUGCGACCUCAACAGGCACAGUAGUGCCCAGCCAGAUGGGCGUUCGCUCAAGCUCCAAAGCUUUGCCGGCAUCUUCUGCAUCCUGGCUGCCGGCCUGCUGCUGGCCUGCCUGGUGGCCGGGCUGGAGGCCUGGUGGAACAGCAAUCGCUGCCGACAAGAGCAGCCCAAAGAGGACAAGGAGGUGAAUCUGGAGCAGGUGCAUCGUCGUAUGAACAGUCUUUUGGACGAGGACUUGGCCCACAAGCAGAUACCCGGCCCCUCUAUCGAGAUCUCUGCGCUGGACAUCGGCAGCAUGCAGCCCAGCCAGGCCUCGCUGGUGCCGGGGCCGGAGUCCGUUCGGGACUACCCGUCCUCGGGCCUCUCUGUGACCACCUUCCUCCCCGGGGAGGGGGCCCCUCCUCCGCCCCACCCCCACCCUCACCAUGGGGGGACCCUGGGCAGGACGCUAGCCCCCUCCCAGGGCCCUGGCAGCACCACCCUGCCCCCACACCACCACCCGCUCAGCAGCACCACCAUCAGCGGCACCAUGCAGUGCAAACACAGAGCUCCCAACGGGGGCCUGUUCCGGCAGAGCCCCGGCAAGACUCCCAUGCCAAUGUCCUACCAGGCAGUCUCCGCAGGACCCAUACCCGAAGCCAUUGAUCCCACCCACAGUACAUCCAUAUGA